AAACGAACAUAUAUUUUUUGCAGUUAUCGCAAUAAUUUAGCGUAUUAUUGUAUAUUUAUACUACACUGUGUUGUAAGAAUGGGUGAAGUGGAAAUUGAUCAGCGUUUAAGGGAUUUACAGCGCGAAUAUUUGGAUUUCUUAGAUGAUGAGGAAAAUGAAGGUACUUACUCUCAACUUGUGAAGGACUUGGUGGCAGAUAAAAGCAAGAGACUGCUGGUCAACAUAAAUGAUUUACGUCGCAAGAAUCUUGUGAGAGCCACAAGCUUGCUGAACAAUGCUUUUGAAGAACAACUGGCGUUCCAGCGAGCACUGAAAGAGUAUGUAGGUAGUUUGGAUCCUACGUAUGCUAAAGACACUGAGGAGCUGUUUGUAGCUUUUGAAGGGAGUUUUGGCAACAAACAUGUAACACCCCGUACUCUGAUGUCCAAGUUUCUUGGAAAUCUUGUUUGUGUUGAAGGAAUCGUAACCAAAUGUUCCCUUGUUCGCCCUAAAGUAGUACGCAGUGUCCACUAUUGUCCUGCAACAAAGAAGGUGCUAGAGCGUCGGUACACUGACUUGACAUCGUUCAGUGCAUUUCCUUCCAGUUCUGUCUAUCCAACAAAGGAUGAAGAUGGCAAUAACCUUGAGACUGAAUACGGGUUGUCAGUGUACAAAGAUCAUCAGACAAUUUCUAUACAAGAAAUGCCUGAAAAGGCACCUGCAGGUCAGUUGCCGCGCUCAGUCGAUGUGAUAUGUGAUAAUGAUUUGGUGGACAAGUGUAAACCAGGGGACCGAGUGCAGAUUGUGGGUAACUACAGGUGUUUACCAGGCAAACAGGGUAGCUUUACUUCAGGAACAUUCAGAACAAUUUUAAUUGCCAACAACAUAUCGCAACUCAGCAAGGAGUCAACACUGCUGAUCACUCGAGAGGACAUCCAGAAGUGCAAAAAAUUAGCCCGUAACAAGAACGUCGACAUCUUUGAGUUGCUUAGUAAAUCUCUGGCUCCUUCGAUUCACGGACAUGAUUACAUAAAGAAGGCCAUCCUAUGCAUGUUGCUGGGUGGAGUGGAGAAAGUGCUACCUAACGGAACAAGGCUUCGAGGGGAUAUCAAUGUUCUUCUGAUAGGGGACCCAAGUGUUGCAAAGUCACAAUUGCUACGGUAUGUGCUAUGCACUGCUCCACGAGCCAUUCCCACUACUGGUCGUGGGUCCUCAGGUGUUGGUCUUACAGCUGCAGUGACCACUGAUCAAGAAACUGGUGAGAGGAGGCUUGAAGCUGGUGCCAUGGUUCUGGCUGACAGAGGUGUCGUUUGCAUUGAUGAAUUUGACAAAAUGUCGGACAUGGACAGAACUGCUAUUCAUGAAGUGAUGGAACAAGGAAGAGUUACAAUAGCUAAGGCUGGCAUCCACGCUCAUUUGAAUGCCAGAUGCUCUGUGCUAGCUGCUGCGAACCCGGUGUAUGGUAGAUAUGAUCAGUACAAAACUCCAAUGGAGAAUAUUGGUCUGCAAGAUUCCUUGCUAUCCCGUUUUGACUUGCUGUUUGUGAUGUUGGAUUUGGUUGAUGGGGAAUAUGAUCGCAUGAUUUCGGACCAUGUUGUACGGAUGCAUAGAUACAGAAAUCCCAGAGAACAAGAUGGUGAAACCCUUCCCAUGGGCUCAUCUGUAGAAAUGUUGAGCACUCAGAAUCCAGAUUUGGCUGAGGGAGACAAUCUGAAUACGCCUGUUUAUGAAAAAUAUGAUGCUCUUCUUCAUGGCGGCACACGAACUCGCAAGGACAAGAUUGUCAGUGUAAUGUUCAUGAAGAAGUAUAUCCACAUUGCAAAGUGUAUGAAACCAACUUUAACUGAAGAAGCAUCUGAAGCCAUUGCUGAAGAAUAUUCACGACUUCGUUCACAAGACACGAUGGACACUGACAUAGCCAGGACGCAACCUGUGACAGCUCGAACCUUGGAGACACUUAUUCGGCUGGCAACAGCACAUGCAAAAGCCAGAUUGUCCCGCACUGUUGAUAUUGAAGAUGCCCAAACUGCUAUUGAACUAGUGCAGUAUGCUAUUUUCAAAAGGGUGUUAGAAAAAGAGAGAAAGCGGCGUCGUGGUGAUGGAGAAACAAAUGAAAUGUCAGAAGAUGAGAGUGAAACUGAAGGACACCAGAGAAAGAAAUCUAGAAGAGAUAAGUCAAAAAGGACACCAGGUGAUGAUAGUUACGAUCCUUAUGACUGGGAUUCUGAAGAGGAAGCAGAAGAGGGGACUGAGAGGCGCAAGACACGAAGUUCUACAAAGUCUGUAUCAAAACCCACAUCUGCCACUGAAAUGGAGACUGACAGAUCUGGUCAUGAUGACGCAGUUGCAGGGCCAUCUGCAGAACCAGCGACACCAGCUGUCAUCGCUGAUGACAGGUUCAAAUCCUUCAAGGCCAGCUUAGUGAAGGUUUUUCGUGAAGAGCGGGCACAGUCUCUCACGCUGGAACGAGUCGUGGAAUUUGCAAAUUCAGAACAGAGUGGUGAGUCAUUCAGCCAGAUUGAAGUGUCAGCAGCAGUAAUGCAGAUGACAGAUGCAAACCAAAUUAUGGUUGCUGAUGGCAUGGUCUUCCUUAUAUAAAUUAUACAGCACAAGCCACCAGAUGAGGUCAGAUAUGUGGAUUCAUUUGUUUUCAAUAUAUUUAUUUUUUGCAUAUUCUAAUAUAGAAAUAUAAGAACCCCUUCCCCCAUAUUUGAUUAAAAAUUACAGAAAAUAUUCUGUAUCUUAUUAGGUAUUGCUAACCACAGGAAAAAUUGUGUAUCAAAGGCUAAAAGCCCCCAGAACAUUUCAGAAUAAUUCAGACAUUAAUAGGCUUUUAAAAUAAACACAUUAAAAAGUAGGAAAGUCAAGAGGUCCCACAGGAAAUCAAGAAUUAGAAGGUAAGUGGGAAAGGCCCACUGGGAUGAUUGCAAUUUUAAUAGGUGGGUGAAUUGAGGAACAUUGGGUCUUUUUAUUUGGAAAUGUGUCAGGACAGGUCAGAAAUUUAUACACCAGUCAGCCCAUGUAAUAUGGAUGGAAUUUCAUUCUCUCCAUGUCACUUAUCUGUCUGUGGUGUGCCAUAUCAAUAUGGAGAUUGCCAGAGCCAAAGAACUCAGUGGGAUCUAUAGUAUUUUGGUUUUGGCCCAUAGAUGUCAGGGAGUGUCAGAUAAUGGAUGGUGACAGUCUGCAUUUGAUUGGUAGGCAUCAUUCUGUUAUGUUAGUAGAGGAAAGAAGAAUAAUGUUCACAAAUGUCACCGCCUGUUAAUAGUUGUAAACAUAGCAUGUUGCACAAGAUGUCUUUAUCAAAAACAAUAAUGCUAUGUAUUUUUUGUACCUUUUAAAUGACUGAUAUUUGGUGAAAAUUAAAAGAGUUCAGUAAUAUAAAAUAAUAAAAAAAUAUAAUGAAUGUUAGACACAAGGGCUUGAUAAAUACAUUAUUGUUUUAUAUCAUCAAUUUUACAUUAAAGGAAAGCUAUUUUACAGUAACCUUGGAUGACCACAAAAGGUUAAUGUGUUUGAAAAAUAAAUGUUACCAGUGUUGGAACUGCAGAAACCAACUUCUUGGCAAUGUGGCUAUCUUUCACUUACAUAUAAUGGAUCCUGUUUGAUUGUUAAUCAUGAAAAAUCCACACCUGCCCCUUAUCAUCCUUCCCUCCUAUUUGCUGCAGUGUCUGCCUGAAGGAGUUCAUAAUCACUAAAGCUAGUUAUAGAACCAAAAUGUUAAUCUCUGCAUCGACAUAACCCCACCAGUGAACUCUGUCAGUGCCAACACAAUCCAGUUCAUCAUCACUACUUCUGUGGAAUUAAUUUUAAUAUUAACAUAGCAAGUAGUCUAAUGUAGCUGCAACAUUUUUGACUUCUCUUUGGGAUGUCUGAAUUUUUGUUUAUCCCUCCUUGAAGUUUUCUUCACAACUUUCUGCACAUUCCAGACAAAUGCCAGUAUAAUAAUCUCAACUACACCAUGACUGCCUCCUCCCAGCUCCUCACACACUCCCUGUUUGUGAUAUCAAUCUCAUAACCUACACAGGUGAAACUGCUGUUAAAUAGUGUUAGAAUUGGUUGCCUAGUUUAUUUUAUUCUCACUACACCCAAGGUGACUGUUUCACUUGAGGGUUUCCAAUAAAGAUAUAUAUUAAAUUAUACUUCCAGUCAGGA